AUGCCCGGCGGGCCCGGCGCCGACGAUCAUCCCACGCUCAAAGUCAUCUUGGGGACCGGUCAUACCCGGACGUACGUCAAGGAGCACUCCAUCGUAGAUCCUGAGGAGAAAAAGAUGGAGCUUUAUUCAACAAAUAUAACUCUAACCAAUCUGGUGUCGGUGGAUGAAAGACUGGUUUACAGACCUCAUCCAGACAACCCAGAGGUUACUGUUCUGACCCAGGAGGCUAUCAUCACAGUAAAAGGAGUCAGUUUGAGCAGUUACCUGGAGGGAAUGAUGGCCCGCAGAAUGUCAGCUAACGCCAGAAAGGGUUGGGACGCUAUAGAGUGGAUCAUUCAGAACUCUGAAAGGGAGAACGUUCCUCUAUGUGAGCUGUACUGACUCUGGAAGGGCCAAUCAGAGGACUGUGUAGAUUACAUGAUCAGGGACUAUAUCAUCCUACACCAAGCAGCCAGCCCAGCCACACCUCCCACAUGGCAGCCAGCCCAGCCACACCUCCCACAUGGCAGCCAGCCCAGCCACACCUCCCACAUGGCAGCCAGCCCAGCCACACCUCCCACAUGGCAGCCAGCCCAGCCACACCUCCCACAUGGCAGCCAGCCCAGCCACACCUCCCACAUGGCAGCCAGCCCAGCCACACCUCCCACAUGGCAGCCAGCCCUGCCACACCUCCCACAUGGCAGCUGGGAAUCACAACACUCCCUGGUGACCAGACUACAUAGAGGACAUCACAACACUCCCUGGUGACCAGACUUCAUAGAGGACAUCACAACACUCCCUGGUGACCAGACUACAUAGAGGACAUCACAACACUCCCUGGUGACCAGACAUCACUACACUCCCUGGUGACCAGACUUCAUAGAGGACAUCACAACACUCCCUGGUGACCAGACUACAUAGAGGACAUCACAACACUCCCUGGUGACCAGACUUCAUAGAGGACAUCACAACACUCCCUGGUGACCAGACUUCAUAGAGGACAUCACAACACUCCCUGGUGACCAGACUACAUAGAGGACAUCACAACACUCCCUGGUGACCAGACAUCACUACACUCCCUGGUGACCAGACUUCAUAGAGGACAUCACAACACUCCCUGGUGACCAGACUACAUAGAGGACAUCACAACACUCCCUGGUGACCAGACUACAUAGAGGACAUCACAACACUCCCUGGUGACCAGACAUCACAACACUCCCUGGUGACCAGACUACAUAGAGGACAUCACAACACUCCCUGGUGACCAGACUACAUAGAGGACAUCACAACACUCCCUGGUGACCAGACUUCAUAGAGGACAUCACAACACUCCCUGGUGACCAGACUUCAUAGAGGACAUCACAACACUCCCUGGUGACCAGACUUCAUAGAGGACAUCACAACACUCCCUGGUGACCAGACGUCACAACACUCCCUGGUGACCAGACUACAUAGAGGACAUCACAACACUCCCUGGUGACCAGACUUCAUAGAGGACAUCACAACACUCCCUGGUGACCAGACUUCAUAGAGGACAUCACAACACUCCCUGGUGACCAGACUACAUAGAGGACAUCACAACACUCCCUGGUGACCAGACUACAUAGAGGACAUCACAACACUCCCUGGUGACCAGACUUCAUAGAGGACAUCACAACACUCCCUGGUGACCAGACUACAUAGAGGACAUCACAACACUCCCUGGUGACCAGACUACAUAGAGGACAUCACAACACUCCCUGGUGACCAGACUUCAUAGAGGGCAUCUGGUGACUGCCUCCGUGCCCAUAUAGAAUGUUGCUGGCUGUCAAGUCAACGAUCAAUAGAAACUCAAGGGUUAUUAAUAUAUAAUCAGAAAGACAGCGAUCGUUGAUCCUUCCACAGAAAGACAGCGAUCAUUGAUCCUUCCACAGAAAGACAGCGAUCAUUGAUCCUUCCACAGAAAGACAGCGAUCAUUGAUCCUUCCACAGAAAGACAGCGAUCAUUGAUCCUUCCACAGAAAGACAGCGAUCAUUGAUCCUUCCACAGAAAGACAGCGAUCGUUGAUCCUUCCACAGAAAGACAGCGAUCAUUGAUCCUUCCACAGAAAGACAGCGAUCAUUGAUCCUUCCACAGAAAGACCGCGAUCGUUGAUCCUUCCACAGAAAGACAGCGAUCAUUGAUCCUUCCACAGAAAGACAGCGAUCGUUGAUCCUUCCACAGAAAGACAGCGAUCAUUGAUCCUUCCACAGAAAGACAGCGAUCAUUGAUCCUUCCACAGAAAGACAGCGAUCAUUGAUCCUUCCACAGAAAGACAGCGAUCAUUGAUCCUUCCACAGAAAGACAGCGAUCGUUGAUCCUUCCACAGAAAGACAGCGAUCGUUGAUCCUUCCACAGAAAGACAGCGAUCAUUGAUCCUUCCACAGAAAGACAGCGAUCAUUGAUCCUUCCACAGAAAGACAGCGAUCAUUGAUCCUUCCACAGAAAGACUGCGAUCAUUGAUCCUUCCACAGAAAGACGUCCCUACCGAGGGAUGGAGGACAACGUUGAUGUCCAGGAGGAUAUUGAUUGGAUACAAAGGUCUAUGAUAGAUAUAGGUUAGCGUGCCAUUUAGGAUGCUAUUUAGGGUGCUAUUUAGGGUGCAUAUGUAGUGUGGAUAUAACCCCUCCCCACUCUAACAUGUGAAUCACAUAGAAAAGCUACAAAAUGUCAUUCUCCAUAUGAAAUGCGGAUGGUAUUUACUCUGGAAAUGAUCUACACUGUAUGAAGUACGUAUUCAACAUUCUCUUAUGGAAGGUUCUCCAGGAAUCUGUCACAACAUUCUCUUAUGGCAGGUUCUCCAGGAAUCUGUCACAGCAUUCUCUUAUGGAAGGUUCUUCAGUAAUCUGUCACAGCAUUCUCUUAUGGAAGGUUCUCCAGGAAUCUGUCACAGCAUUCUCUUAUGGGAGGUUCUCCAGGAAUCUGUCACAGCAUUCUCUUAUGGGAGGUUCUCCAGGAAUCUAUCACAACAUUCUCUUAUGGGAGGUUCUCCAGGAAUCUAUCACAAAUGUGAAUGGUGUCUAGUAGUGUUUCAUAUUUAAACAAGAGUUUCUUUGACAUUUAACACAAUGGAUAUUUCUUUGCACGUAGAUAGUCUAGGAUUAUGAAGGUAUAUACAUUAAAGGAAUGUACAGUGACCUCACAUAGAUAGUCUAGGAUUAUAUAGUGCACUACUUUAGACCAGAGCCCUGUUCCCUACAUAGUGCACUACCAGAGUCCUAUGGCCAACUAAGACACUUAGCUUCUGUAAAAUCUCUGCUUUACUGACUGGUGUUUAUUUAUAGCGUCUUCAUAUACUUGAAUUAUCACAGUUGAUUUAAUUGAAUGUUAGAAAGAUAUUUAUUUUUAUAACAUUGUGAAAAUUAUUAUUAUUUUUUUUUUUAACUUCAGUUCAUUUUAGUAAAUACUUUCGUGAAACACUUAUUUUUCUUAAAAUUGCAUUGUUGGUUAAUGGCUUGUAAAUAAGCAUUUCACAUGUAUUCAGCGCAUGUGACAAAUAAAAUGUGAUUUUGAUUUGAAA